AUGCCGGCCGCAAACUCCAAAGCGUCGGGAAAGGCUCGCCUCAAGAGCAAUACGAGGACGAAAGAAAAAAGGCAGGAAAAGCGAGAGAGGGGCCUCGCCGACCUCGGGUCGCUCGAAAAGGCCAUCGCGGAAUUUCCCACCGCCACCGGCCUCGAUGCCUCCCACUUCCAGACCCUCACCGAGAUCCAAGCCCGCGCCGUGCCCCUCGCGCUCAAGGGCCUCGACAUCCUCGGCGCCGCGAAAACCGGCAGCGGAAAGACGCUCGCCUUCCUCAUCCCCGUCCUGGAAAAGCUCCACCGCGCCCAGUGGACCGAGUACGACGGACUCGGUGCCCUCAUCCUGGCGCCGACCCGCGAGCUCGCCGUGCAAAUCUUCGAGGUGCUGCGGAAAAUCGGCCGAAAUCACCCCUUUUCCGCCGGCCUCGUGAUCGGGGGCAAGAACUUGAAGGAAGAAGCCACGAGGCUGAGCAGGAUGAACAUUCUCGUGUGCACGCCGGGCCGCAUGCUCCAGCACCUCGACCAGACCGCGGGCUUUGAUGCCAGCAACCUCCAGAUCCUCGUGCUGGACGAGGCUGACCGCAUCAUGGACAUGGGAUUCCAGCAAGCCGUCGAUGCCCUCGUCGAGCACCUCCCCGUAUCGCGGCAAAUGCUCAUGUUUAGCGCGACCCAAAGCAAAAAGGUGUCGGAUCUUGCCCGGCUAAGCCUCAAGGACCCCGAAUACGUUUCCAUCGAUACCCUUUUCGGCUUCCUCAAAUCCAAUCUCAAAUCCAAGAUGAUUGUCUUCUUCUCCUCUGGAAAACAGGUUCGAUUCGUCUACGAAAGUUUUAGGGCUCUUCGGCCGGGUGUUCCCCUGCUGCACCUUCACGGCAGGCAAAAGCAAACGGCGCGGCUAGAAAUCACAUCGAGGUUUACGAGUGCCCAACAUUCAUGCCUGUUCGCCACCGACGUCGUUGCGCGAGGAGUCGAUUUCCCGGCCGUCGACUGGGUCGUUCAGUUCGACUGCCCCGAGGACUCGGAUACCUACAUCCACCGGGUGGGGCGGACCGCGCGCUUUCAGAGCAACGGCCGUGCCGUGCUGUUCCUAGACCCGAGCGAGGAGGAGGGCAUGCUGAAGCGAUUGGAGCAUAAAAAGGUUCCCAUACACAAAGUCAACGUCAAAGAAGCCAAGAGGAAGAGCAUCAAGAACGAACUGCAGCAGUUGUGCUUCCAGAACCCAGACGUCAAGUACCUUGCCCAAAAGUCGUUUAUCAGCUACACGAGGUCUGUUCACUUGCAAAAAGACAAGCAGGUGUUCAAGUUUGACAAGUUGGACCUCGACGGGUUCGCGGCCAGCAUGGGCCUUCCCGGAGCGCCUCAGAUCAAGUUUCACAAGGGAGAGGACAUUAAGAAGAUCAAGAACGCGAGCCGCAUGAACAUGUCGAGCGACUCAGAAUCCGAAUUCGACGACGAGGGAACCGCAAGCGGAAGAGGAAGAAGGGAGAAGUUCGUACCAACUGAUCAUCGACUCGAAGAGAAGGAGAAGCUUCUCAAGUCCAAGAAGAAGCUGCUCAAGUACCGUCCAACGGGAGAGAGGCUCGUGUUCGACGAUGACGGCAACGCCCACGCAAUCUACGAGCUGAAGAAUGAGGAAGACUUUAGACAAGAGGGUACCGUGGAAGAGCAGAGGAAGAAGUUCCUCGAAGGCGAGGGCGAGCGGGUCAAGGAAGCGGACACGGAGGACAAACUCCUCGCGAAGCAGAGGAUACGCGAGAAGCGGGAGAAGAGGAAGGCAAGGGAGCGCGAGGAGCGGGAACUGGAGCUUGCCGAGCAGGCUGGCGGUGCGGCGGUGGAGCUGGCCGGCGACGGGGAGGACGAGCACGACCCUCGCGCUGCUGCGCAGCCUGCCCAUUGCCUCUCGCGGCGGCCCAAGAAGAAGGCCAAGAAGUGGUUCCAGAACGACUCGGACGUGGAGGAGGAGGAGGAGCAAGGCCAGAGGGGUUCCAAGGCCAAGAAGAAGAGGAAGGGCGGCAAGGUUAUCGAGAUCCACCAAGAUCCCGAGACUUUGGAAGAUCUCGAGGCUUUGGCCACGGGUUUGUUGGAUUAG